GUCAGCAUAACCAGGAGCAUGGAACAAAUAGCGAAAAUUUUCCUCCUAUUCAGCUGGUGUGCAUCGUUGGUUAGUGCACAGACAAAUAUUUUAUACACCGGCGAAGGAUAUUUCCCUCUGUGGUGGAGUACGGCAGCGUAUAGCUGGGGAUUCCUGAAAUUAGCGUACAUUUUCUUCGGUUUGCUGGCUUUAUAUGUGUAUCGGAAUUGGGGUUACGAUUCAAGAGGCGAUUAUCCCAGUUAUUCUUACUCACACUACCGAAACCUUGACGAUGUUAUGAACGUUGAAUUAGCGGACCUUGACAGUAGAAUACAGGCAUAUGGAAAGAAGUUUUCCGACUAAGCUAAUUCAAUACUGUUUGCAAAUAUUCCUGUG